UCCGUUGGAUUCGGUUGCGGGGGAUGGUCGGUUGGAAGAUGGGUUGUCUUGCGUUGUGUAUACUUGUUAGGUCCUGAUUUUUUCAAAACAAAUUUAUGACUUUGUCAAGGAAGGCAACAUUUCAGCUCCAAUGAAGGCUCAAUUACAAGCUGCAGGUGGUGAUGGCCUGAGCGCUGCCUGAGGCAGGGACGCACCAGUGAUGGCUGAGGCGGCUCAUCUCACGGAAACGGCAUCGGGCCGGCCGACCCUGUUUGAGCUUAUCGCUGUGGAUGGCCUAUUCACAUCACUGCACCCAGCUGUUCAACACAUCUGCAAGAUGAUCGUCACUCGCUAUCCUCGCACCCAGUUCUGGCUCGAUCAACACUUCGAUGAACUGUUCCUGCUGGCAAAUGCGUUCGUCCAGAGACACUACCUCUUCACGUACGCUGGGUCACUGGCUGAAAACUUCUAUGGCAUCAAGCGGACGCCGCUCGGCGACAGUGGCCAGGACCCGAGACUCAAGUUGUCAGCCCUAAAAGUCUAUCGCAGCCUUCUCUGGUUGAGCGGCUUUCCGUACAUCAAGACGAAGCUGGACAAGCUAUUCGAGGACCUGGAGCACGAGCACGCUGGUGGAUUGACUUAUCAACAGGGCUGGCGCAGCCGGGCGCACAAACUCUUCCUGAGGCUGUAUCCGGUGCUGCAUGCUGCCUACUCAUUCUCCAUAGUCCUCUGCUACAUGGCAUACAUGUUCGAGCGUGCCGACCACCACUCGCCGCUGACUUGGCUGUCCGGAGUGCGGCUGGAGACGCUGACGGGCGGCGACUGGCAGCUGAUCCAGGAGCGGCAUGCCAAACUGGCGUCGUGGUCUCGGCUCAGACGGCUGGGCUGGCCCGCGGCCGUGACGCUCUUCAGCCUGCAUACCACGUCACGGCUUCUGCGUCACGCGAUGGAGGUGGGCUCGUUCUUCAUCCAGUUCCUCGAGAGCUGGAACAGCGCCGGCGAUAGGAGCGCGCGCCGACUGGGGCAGACGGAGGUGCCGCCGCCGCCGGCCGCUCAGCUCGCCGAGGUGGACGGGUCCGGAGAGCGCAGGUGCCCCCUGUGCGACAAGAGGCGGGAAAGCGAGGCCGUACUCGCCGUGUCCGGGCACGUCUUCUGCCACGUCUGCAUUUUCCGCUAUGUCAGUGAGGAGGGACGCUGCCCUGUCACCUGGUACCCGGCCACCACAGACCAGAUUUACAAACUCUACCCACCGGACUCGUGAUGGAACGGGGCGACAUCUAGUGGUAGCUCUGUUAACUAUGAGUGCAUUCGGACGCCACAUUGGCAUGUGUUGUCGCCGUUAAUCUGAUCCAGCGCUAAGGCCUCGCCUUGUAUGACUGAACACAUUUGGGAAGGACCCGUGCAUCAGAUGGCGUUUCAUUCCGAGCACGUGUCCGACGUUCCUAGUGGACGUUGCGUGAUAUAUAUGGUGGAGCUGUUGGAUGAGUGAUUGUUUAUGCUCCUGUAAUGUGUGUCAGCAUCUGUGUGCAUCUGGCGGCUGUGUCGUCAUCCUCCGAUGUGGGCGUGAUACGGUGAACCGGGUCAUCAGUGGGUUCAGAAUAUUCGUAGAUUUAGUGAUGUCAUUUAAAACGUGGGACUGUAUAGGUAACCGCACGCUGGCCAUUUGGCCGGGUCGUUCGGCUUCGGACAGGGGUUGGUUACUUCCGACAGAAUAUCGGAACACCAGUUAUUUCCAGAGUGCGUUUAUACUGUUGAAUUUGAAUAGAAUCGUGGCUACUUGCUUUGAUGGGGCUCUCAUAAGUCUUCGCAGACAUAAAGAUACAGCGUGAACAAAG